AUGCCGACGUUGGAUUCCGCCUCGGCCAUCGUCGGGGGCAACGUGACCGGGCGCCGCCUGCUCCACGUCGAUCGCUACUCGCAGAGAAAGGAGCUCCCCAAUGGCCAGUGCGUCAAGUCUCCUACUUUCAGGGUCGGGGAUUGCUCCUGGUGCAUCUGCUACUUCCCCAAUGGCGCCCGUUCCUCUUGCGCCGACUACAUAUCAAUCUUCAUUGCUCUCGAAGCCAGAGUCGCCGAGCCUGUCAAGGCACGAGCAAGGUUUAGUUUGCUCGAUCCGGCGGCGAAACCGGAGGAGUUUCUGGAGGCGUCGGAGCAUCUAGUGGCCGGCCGCUUCACAAUCAGUUGUGAUGUCUCCGUUUGCAACACAUUCCGCACGGAGAACAGAGCAACUCCGCCGUCUGACCUGCAACGUCAUUUCGGUGACCUCCUCGUGGACAAAGAGGGCGCCGAUGUCACGUUCCAAGUCGCCGGUGAGACGUUCAGCGCCCACAGAUGUGUUCUUGCAGCUCGGUCGCCGGUCUUCAAGGCCGAGCUCUUUGACGCGACAAGAGAGGGCACUGCCACAGGGCUUCGCAUGCGGAUUGAUAAUAUGGAGGCUCAGGUGUUCAAGAUCCUGCUACAUUUCAUAUACACCGAUUCCGGCCGGGUUUCCUGGCCCUGCAGCCGCUGCCCGCCGUCCCCGGUGAACCGGAAUAGUAAGUAG